AUGGCGGCGUCUAGGGAAGUACGAUUGCUACGGUCAUGUUUAUGUUACUUGUUUACUUGCCUAAUAGUAACAGAUUCGAUCAAUUUGGAUGCUAAGUUUUCUGUUAUUAAGAGAGGAAAUACAAACAGUGCAAACACUUAUUUUGGAUUUUCAGUUGCACAGCACCAGGUUUUAAGUGAACCGGUUACCCCAGCAAGCACAGUUAUAGAAAAUGUCCUUCUUGUUGGUGCCCCAAAAGAAAGCAGACUGUUAGGCAAUAGAAAAACUGGUGGUGUAUUGUACCGAUGUAAUGUCAGAGAUGGGACUGAGUCAUGUCAGACGAUUGAAGAUGGCACAUCAACUCCCCCUACUGAUUCUGAACUGGUAGAUGACCAGUGGCUGGGUGUGACAGUAGCCUCACAAGGUUCUGGCAAGAAGGCUGUGGCGUGCGCCCAUCGAUACGUGAAAAACAAUGCAGCACUUGGUAUCUGUUAUACUUUUAUGCAAACAUUGGACUUCGAUAGCAUAUUUAUUCCAUGUAAUAGAUUGUCUCAUAGACAUUAUUUGCAAGAUUUUGGGCUGUGUCAAGCAGGCUUGUCAGCAGUGAUUGGUCAGGAUGAUGCUUUUGUCAUGGGCGCACCAGGCUCCGUUUUAUGGCAAG